AUGCCUAUUGGAAAAAGUGAUUACAAUUCCUAUGCACUGUCUGAUUCCCCGGCUUCGUCCUUACCACAAACCCUUCCUCCGUCUACCAACACCGCAGCGUCAUACCGGCAGUCUAAGUGUGCAGAAUGUGGCGAGCAGGUCAUAUAUGGUUUCGCCCUAGAAUGGCACGCCCGGGGAUUUCGGCACAAGGCAUACAGAUGCAAAGUGACUGGUUGUGACGAGAGAUUCGUGACCAUUGGCGAACGGGAUGCCCAUCACCGGAGGCCUCACCUCCAGAACCACGGCCGGGUAGAGACCGAGCAUCCGUUUGCUUGCGUAGAGUGUAUGGAGAGUUUUCCCUACAAGGCGGGACUCGAAAGACACGCCAACGAGGCACAGCACAGCCCAUUUGCUUGUGUUUGCGGCAAGAAGUUCGCUCGACUUGACGUCCUCAACCGACACCUCGAUUCUCUUGGAAACGACAUGCCCAAGUACCCCUGCCAGUUCUGUAAACGGCAUCGCGGCAAUAAUGGAUUCAGAAGAAGAGACCACCUACUACAGCAUAUUAGAGGAUACCACAAGUUCGAAGCGGAAGAAAAGAUUGGUGAUAUUCUCCCUUCUCGGCGCGGCAAGUACCAAGUUCCGCCCGUGUGUCCUCAUCCUCGCUGUUCCUCACACCAGGAUGAGUCUUUUAAACACAUGAGUGAGGAAGAACAGAAUCGAAACAAACCUUUCAACACACAGGCCGAGUACACAAAACAUAUGAAGACGGUUCACGACUUCACCCCGUAUCCUUGCACCGUUGCUGGUUGUAACAAGACUGGCGCCAAAGGCUACGCUCGGGAGAAAGAUCUUAUUAACCAUAGAAAUAAGGAGCACCCAGACGCUGCAGCUUACGUUCCAGGACCGCGAGAUGUGAGGAUUGAAUGCCGUUGGCCAGGGUGCGAUGCUAGAUUGUAUUCAAACAGCAUGAUGGACCAUGAAGCUAAUCAUAAGUUUCGCGCGUAUAGACUCAACUUGGAGGAAAGCAAGACUGCUGAUAAUCUGGCGUAA